UAUACCGGUAUACCGUAUACCUACUUAAAUGUAAAAUUAAAUCAUUUGAUGCGUUUCCGCAAAUGCCUAUAACAGUUGCUGGUACUCGUUCGAUAAAUUUUUCGCACGCUAAAAUACAGAACCGAUAUUUUUAUUUGUUUUCGUUGCUUCUUUAUAUACAGCUACUCCUGCGAUCUAGACACCGUCGCAAGCAAGCCUUGAUGCGAAGAUGUUCUUGUCAAGGAGUGGUGCGAUUUUUGUGAUCUGUAUUUUUUUCGUUUGUUUUGUUUUCAACAGUGCUCUCGAGAACCCGUACUGUCGCCUGGAUUGUGACUAUGUGGUGAAGUUUUUCAAACAUACCGUUUGCGAGCGCCAAAAUGAGAAAUGCAGUGCCGGUCCUUUAUGCGGUCCAGAUUUUCGAGUUGUCAAACUGACAGAUGCAGAUAGACAGUACAUCUUAGAUAUCCACAACUAUUUGAGGAACAAGGUGGCCUUGGGCUACGAAAAAAGGAACAACCAGCCGCCUGCGGCCAACAUGAACAUCAUGACAUAUAACAUGGAAUUAGAAUAUAUAGCGCAAUGUUGGGCCAACGCUUGCAACGGGAAUCCCCUAAAUCACGAUCAAUGUCGAAGGACGAGUGAAUAUUCGCAUGUAGGUCAAAAUUUAGGUUUCAUUUACAGUUCUAUAUCAGAAAUUAAUAUUGUUAAGGCUCUAAAACAAUUAAUUUUGAUAUGGUAUGAUGAAGUGGCCCUUUUUAAAAAUGAAUGGAUUAAUUCGACUGAAGAUAGAAAUGGAAUCAAAGUGGGCCAUUACACUCAGAUGCUAUGGGCAGACACAAUCGAAAUAGGCUGCGCAACAACGUACUAUACAACGCCAUCUGACAAAAAUUUAACGAACGUCGAUCUAUGGCAUAAUUUGCUUUUAGUGUGUAAUUACGGCCCUGGCGGCAAUUAUAUAGGGGCCCCCUUGUACGAAAUAGGCCGCCCCACCUCCAACUGCCCCAAAGGAACGAAAAGGAAUGAGAAAUUUAAAGGAUUAUGCGGGAAAAGUAAACAUGUUAAAUCAUCAAGAAAGCUAUUCGAAAUAGGCGACUUAGCGGUUAGUUUAAAUCAGUUGUUCGUCUAAAAAAUUGUUAUAUUUACGAUUGUAUUACUUAUUAACUAAAUUAGUUACAAAUAAACGUUAAAACCCCAAAAA